AUGGUUGGUCUGGUAUCAAAUAUGCUGUGUGAAGUUGAAUGUUGCUACCCUGUAGUGAUCCCUGCCAAAAGCCUGGACAGAAGUGGACUAGUCCCCCAGAGUACAAUCGUAACAUGCCUUUUGAAGCAACUGUUGAAUUGCAAGGCUGCAGAAGAGUGUGGUUACUUUCUUGCAGUAACCAACUUGAAGAGCAUAGACAAUGGAAAGUUCAACGACUCUGAUAAGUAUCUACUCUUCCUAGUAACCUUCUGCUGUCGCACCUUCCUACCUGUGAAUGGAGAGGUCAUGCUUGGUGUAGUGCAAUCGAUACAUAGACGAGGAGUCUUCCUGAAAUGUGGGCCCAUGAAAUACGUUUAUCUCUCAGCUCGAAAGAUGCCAAAUUACUACUACGUUGAUGGGAAAAAUCCAUAUUUCAUAAGCGACGAUCUGUCCAGAAUCGAGAAUGAUGUGGUGAUCCGUUUCAUGGUGUUUGGUGUGAGAUGGACAACGAAAAACCAGCAAGUCGAAAGGGAAUUCAUGAUUCUUGCCACUUUGGAAGGCGAUCGCCUCGGACCAAUUUCAUUGCCAGGAUCUGAUGAACUGGGGUUGUAG